AUGACGACCGGGCCUCAAGCAACUAUCCAAAUCCGACAGUAUCGUCCAGAAGAUCAUGCCCAAGGAACCAAAAUCUACGUAGAGGGCAUGCUAACGUUCGACCCUAAUCCAGAGUACCACUACCUAUGGAAACAGGCCCUUAUUAAAGACCUGACGAACGAUUUUGCUGACAUUGAAGCUAGUCACAUGGCUCCAGGUGGAAACUUCUUGGUCGCUGUGGUGAAGAAAGAUGGAUCCAGCAAGAUUGCGGGCAUAAUCGGACUGUUGCGCGAAUCUGAAGAUGUUGGACAGAUUCGACGCGUGUAUGUGGAUCCGAACUUUCAGCGCAUGAGUAUCGGUCGAAAAAUGAUCGCAGAGCUCGAGAUCUGGGCCGAGCAGAACGGAAUCAAGAGCAUAUACCUGACAACUGACGCUUACAAAGAGCAACCCCAAGCAUUUUACACGGCGCUUGGGUACACCAAGGUGGAUGAAAAUCAGUACAACUGGACCAACCCUCGCUACCUCCGCCUCUUCAAGUUUGUUAAGCAGUUGUAG